AUGAAAUACUUAUUAAAAGUUUUAUUUAAUGUAUCAAUUUUUAUUAUAUUAUUAAUAUCCUCAACUAAAUCUAAAAAACCAGACCUAAAAAAGUAUAUAAAACGUAUUACUUUAACCUAUUACACAGCUGAUUUAAAGAGAGUAUAUGUAUGUAAUAAUUAUUUAUUUUACAAUGAAACAAAAGCAUUAUUAUAUCAUGAGUUAAUAACGAAUAAUUAUAGAAAAGUUAAUAGCAAUUUUAAACCACUAGGAGGAACAAAAAAUAAAAUUAAAAAAAUGAAAAAUAAAUAUAUAAUUGCAGAAAAAAAUGAAGGAUUUUUUUAUGAAAUAAAUCCUUUUAGUGAAAGAUAUAAAGGACAUGUAUGGGGUGAUUGUGAUGAAUGUUUUAGUAAUAUUACAAAUUCAGAAUUUAGAAGUAGAGUGUUGAAGGAACUAAACUUUUAUAGAAAACUACAUGGUGUACCUCCUGUUUCUUAUCAUUCAAAAUAUAAUAAUUAUGCUAAAGAAGAGGCAAAAAAGUUUUUAAAAACUCAUAAAAAUUCUAGUUGUGUUACAAAAACUAAAUUUGGUUGCGUUUAUUUGGAACUGUCAAAUUAUUAUGCUCAUUUAGCUAUCAGUGCAUUAUAUGAAAAAUUAUUGGCAUAUUAUGACUGGAAAAACAAUCUUUAUAAAUCAAAUUUAGAAACGGCAAUACAAUUAAUUUGGAAAAAAGUAAAGUAUAUUGGAAUUGGUUUUGCACAAGAAGAUGACCAUGUUCAUAUAUUUUUAACAUUUUCAUCUAAAGUUAAAAAUGAUAAAGACUACAAAAAAAACGUCCGUCCAGUCAUGAAAAAAUAUAUUAAAAAGUAUGGAACUUUAUUAAAACCAAUUUCAUAUUGA